CGCUGGUUUUUAUGAUGCCUUCCUCACCCGUGUCCCCAGCCCGGCUUGAUCUGUCCGUGUGCCCUAGACCCCAAUUCUUGAGAGCGAGGUAAAGCAAGAAGAAGAGAGCGAAGCAGAGGAAAGAAGAGGCCGAGAACACGAGAAAAAGGGGCGAACCGGAGGGCGGUAACACUCGACGGCAGACACAGCCGCCGGCCGCAGCACGCGGUGGCCGCUGUGAAUUCACUAAGGAACCACUAGGUUUAUGCGCUGGUGGAUGUUGAAUGAUCCUCUCCAUGGACUUGAAUGCGUCUCCUUUACCUGAAGAGGAUGACGCACCUUAUGAAGAACAGGUUGAGGGUGAAAUCAUACAUGAAGAGCAUGCGGAGUCUGCUGUUACAACCAUGCGCAGGGAACGAGAAGAAAGGAAGCGUAGGUUGAAAAGAGAAAACCAAGACGAAGGCGCAAAGCGGUUCUCACAACCAAUGAGAAAUGAUUUCAUGUCUCAAAAUAGAAGUGGUAGAUCCUACGGAAGAGUUAAGGAAGUCCCUCAAGGUUGGUUGGAUUGCCCUGCAUAUGGUCAGUGCAUUGGUUAUAUUAUUCCUUCUAAAGUUCCUCUAGAUGAGACAUAUAACGAGUCUGUGGUGCCUGGCAAAAGAUAUUCUUCAAGACAAGUGAUUAAUAAGCAAAGAAGAGGGGGGCGGGAACUUGGGUUGGUGAUCGAUUUGACAAAUACUACUCGCUAUUAUUCACCAUCAGAGUGGACAAAGCAAGGUAUAAAGCAUGUUAAGAUACCAUGUAAGGGACGUGAUGCUGUGCCAGAUAAUGAGUCUGUAAACACAUUUGUUUAUGAGGUUAUGCAGUUUCUCUCCCGCCAAAAGCAUUCAAAGAAGUAUAUUCUUGUUCACUGUACUCAUGGGCAUAAUCGUACAGGGUUUAUGAUUAUCCAUUUCCUCAUGCGCUCACAGCUGUGGCAUGUCUCUGAUGCAUUACAUAAAUUUGCUCAAGCACGUCCUCCAGGGAUAUAUAAGCAGGAUUAUAUUGAGUCACUUUAUAUGUUUUACCAUGAAAGUCCUGAAAAUUUGUUCUGCCCUCCCACUCCGGAGUGGAAAAGGUCUUCUGAUCUUGAUCUGAAUGGUGUAGCUGUGCAGGAUGAUGAUGAUGAUGGCGAUACUGCAACUCUUUCACAUGAGCAUAUGGAAAACAAAAUUAUAACAAAUGAUGAUGUCUUGGGGGAUGCAAUACCAUACGACCAGCAAGACUCUCUGCGUCUGAUUUGUUACCAGUUGCUUGAUUUAACUCCUUCAGUAAGGGGAAAUGCACGAUUUCCAGGAUCACACCCUGUUUCUCUCAACAGGGACAAUCUGCAAUUAUUAAGACAGCGGUAUUAUUAUGCUACGUGGAAAGCUGAUGGGACCCGGUAUAUGAUGCUUAUUACCACACAUGGCUGUUACUUAAUUGACCGAAAUUUUUGCUUUCGAAGGGUUCAAAUGCGUUUUCCUCUGAAGAAUGUGAAUGAGGGUUUUCAUAACCUGACUUUGAUUGAUGGGGAAAUGAUUAUCGACACACUACCUGAUACAGGACUGAAGAGAAGAUAUUUAUUAUAUGAUUUGGUGGCACUUAAUUCAAAUUCUGUUAUAAAGUUGCCCUUUGCUGAAAGGUGGAAGUUACUUGAGGAGGAAGUGGUUCGGCCUCGGAAUUAUGAGAGAAAACAGUUCGAGUGUGAAGGCAAAUGUAACCCAAUUUACAGAUAUGACAUGGAACCGUUUAGCGUUAGAAGGAAGGACUUUUGGUUGUUAUCUACAGUUGUUAAGCUUCUAAAGGAGUUCAUUCCAAAGCUUUCACAUGCAGCUGAUGGCCUUGUAUUUCAGGGUUGGGAUGAUCCUUAUGUGCCUCGUACGCAUGAAGGUCUUCUAAAGUGGAAGUAUCCAGAGAUGAACUCAGUCGACUUUUUGUUUGAGGUGGGAAGUGAGAGUCGCGAGUUGCUUUUUCUUUUUGAGAGAGGUAAAAAGAAACUCAUGGAUGGGGUACGGGUUAUAUUUAGAGGCGAAGUGGAUGUCUCAUCCCUUUCAGGAAAGAUCGUUGAGUGCUCGUGGGAUCCUGACGGAGGCUGUUGGGUGUGCAUGCGAAUGAGAGCAGAUAAAACAACACCAAAUGAUAUUAACACUUACCUGAAGGUGAUGCGGAGUAUUAAUGACAAUAUCACCGAAGAAGUGCUCCUAGAUGAGAUUUCGGAGAUUGUUCGCCUCCCAAUGUAUGCAGAUAGAAUAGCACGAGCGCAUCAACAUCAGCAUCAGCAUCGACGAAGGUGAGAAUGAUUCUAUGGUGGUUUAGGACCUGAUGAUACUUCAGCCUUCUUAUGAAGUGGUAUUAUUGCCCGAGCCUUGCUAGUGUCUGGUUUCCAGUAGUUCAUGUGUAAUUAUUAGUGGUAGAUAGGAUUCUGUGAGGCUCGGACGGUGCUAAUUGUUGGUGUCCAGUCAAACCUUGUACAAGAGCCUCUUCCCCGUAUAAAAUUUUAGGCUUCAUGUAAAUCAGUUUCUUGUAUUUUUUCAUUCAUGGUUAGUCAAGAACAAAGAAGAGCAUCAACAAGGCAUAAGGGGAAGAUAACCAGCAGGAGCAUGGGUUUACCGUGCCGUGCCCAUCCAACCUUAGCAUUUCAUUUAUUGUUAAUAUGUGCAGAAAUAAUUAAUAGUAGAUGUUUGUGUUGGUUUAUUGUCUA